CUGCAAGUUCUUUCUCUAACCCGAAUACAGGUUUUGGAAAUACAAAGUGAUAUUAGCACCGAGUGUGGGAAUGCCUUUCUCUGUCCUGAGUAAAGGAAGCAUGACCGGUCGCAGUGCUACCAGUCGAGUGAAACGGUACGAAGAAGGUUACGAAGAACCGAAAUUUCCCAUUCGACGUUUUGAUUAUGUAGAUGGACGCAACUAUCAUCAUUCGAAUAACAAGAAGAAGCACUUUUUACCCUGUGACGAUGAGGAACUUGAACGACUGGAAGUCAAUACGCUUCUUUUUCGGUUACUUUUCCCAAAACGCAUAUUUGCCCCGGUAGAAGAAGAUCUCAAAAGGGGCAUUCGCGUUUUAAGCGUAUGUGCCGGGCCGGGAUUCUGGCUUAGAGACAUGGCAGAGUUGUAUCCGAAUUCCCAUUUUACAGGCACCGAUACCGUGAUAUACCCAGUGAGCAAUUCUCGCAGCAAUUGCCAUUUCCGUAUUGCUGAUCCGACGAUUGAACUUCCUUUUGCGGACAACAGUUUUGACUAUGUGGUUCAACAUGAUGCUAUUUACCACUAUACAAGAGCCGAGUGGGACAAAGUCAUUCAGGAAAUGAUUCGAGUGACUAAACCUGGCGGUUUCCUCGAUUACAUGGAAACCAGUGACACAUUGCAAGAUCUCGGGCCCAAUUUUUCAGUAUGGUUAAUGCGACUGACAGUUUCGAUGCAAACACGAGAUAUUCACUUCAAGUUGGCGACUCAGCUGGAGACGGCAUUGAUGGAGACGGGACUUGUGCGUGUAUUGGAAGCUUCGCAUCGAUCGGCACCCAUAGGUUGGUUAGGUAAACUCGGGGAUGUUGCCCUGGAAUCGGUCCAGCGAUUGUUUGAUUCCAUGAAACCUCGAUUGUGUGAAGACUGGUCCAUGAAUCCUCACAAAUAUGAUAAAAUUGUCCAAACCGCAGCACAAGAGUGCCGAGAAUUCAAAAGUUGGAUGAACGUCUACUACGUUAGCUGUCAAAAAUUGGAUAACCACCCAUCUCUGCAUGCCACAGCCUCUGCCUCGUCUCGUUCACAUGCGUGACUCCCGUGAACUGAUAACCCGACAUCCAUUGGCUUCCAAUUUUUUCUCCAGCCUCCGAAAACCAAAAAUCCCCUUUUUCCACAUCUACGAAAUAUUCCACACCCCUCUCUAUACGUGAAACGCGUUCUUUUAGUCAUACAGAAUAAAUAAUAAAC